ACGUGCCUUGCGGCGGCCAGCCAAUAGCUGCCGAGCGCCCUCCCUGUAACCCGGCUUGGGAUUAAAGAUGGCGGACCUGAGUGAGACAGCAGCGGGCGAGUACCCGGGGGAGGAGGAGAAUGGGCACGGACACUGCAGCGACUGCGAGAAUGAGGAGAAGCACAGCUCGAACCGGGGAGAGGGUGAUAACACCGGAGUCAAGAAAAAGAAGAAGCAGAAGCGCAAGAAAGACAAAGGAGGGGACAAGCUGGAACCAGCUGAGGCUCCGGUGAACACCCUACCUGCUGAGAAGAUCCAAGAGAUCCAGAAGGCCAUCGAGCUGUUUUCUGUAGGCCAAGGGCCAGCUAAGACCAUGGAGGAGGCCACCAAGAGAAGCUACCAGUUCUGGGACACACAGCCUGUUCCUAAGUUAGGUGAAGUGGUCAACACACAUGGCCCUAUCGAGCCGGACAAGGAUAAUAUCCGCCAGGAGCCAUACAGCCUGCCGCAGGGUUUCACUUGGGAUGCUCUGGAUUUGAGUGACAGAGCAGUGCUGAAGGAGCUGUACACUUUGCUAAAUGAGAACUACGUUGAAGACGACGAUAAUAUGUUCCGUUUUGACUACUCCCCAGAGUUCCUGUUAUGGGCACUGAGACCUCCUGGGUGGCUGCCGCAGUGGCAUUGUGGAGUGAGGGUCAUCACCAGCAAGAAGCUAGUGGGGUUUAUCAGCGCCAUCCCGGCUAACAUGAAAAUCUACGACCUCACCAAGAAGAUGGUAGAGAUCAAUUUCCUCUGUGUACACAAGAAGAUGCGCGCCAAGCGAGUGGCCCCAGUCCUGAUCCGUGAGAUCACACGCAGAGUUCACAUGGAGGGGAUCUUCCAGGCUGUCUAUACUGCUGGAGUUGUGCUGCCCAAGCCAGUGGCCACAUGCAGGUACUGGCAUCGGUCACUAAACCCUCGUAAACUGAUAGAGGUGAAAUUUUCCCAUCUUAGCCGAAACAUGACCAUGCAGAGGACUAUGAAACUAUACCGGCUCCCGGAGACCGCUAAGACCUCUGGCCUGAAGCCAAUGGAGUUACGCCACGUCCCACUUUUACACCGGCUCCUGACCCAGUACUUGUCUCAGUUCAACCUGGCCCCAUUCAUGCAUGAGGAAGAGGUGAAACACUGGCUGCUGCCCCAGGAGAACAUCAUAGACACCUAUGUGGUGGAGACUCCUGAAGGAGAGAUAACGGACUUCCUGAGCUUCUAUACGCUCCCCUCAACCAUCAUGAACCACCCCACACACAAGAGCCUAAAGGCCGCGUACUCCUUCUACAAUGUGCACACCACAACGCCUCUGCUCGACCUUAUGAAUGAUGCUCUCAUCCUGGCCAAAUCUAAAGGAUUUGAUGUCUUCAACGCCCUGGACCUCAUGGAGAACAAAACCUUUCUGGAGAAAUUGAAAUUCGGAAUAGGAGAUGGCAAUCUGCAGUAUUACCUGUAUAAUUGGAAGUGUCCCAGCAUGGGACCCGAGAAGGUCGGCCUGGUUUUACAGUAGCGCCUCUCACCCCCCAUAUCUGGAGGGGAUAGGGUGUGACGUGGGCGCCAGCUGCUCAACAUGCCAGAGAUUGGACACCCGAGAGAGCAGCCCCAAGACGGAGUGCAGGAUAUGCGGGCAUUGCUCUAGAACGCAUCCUACUGAUGUGUGUGGGAGGGAGGUUUCGGGAUUACGGAAGUGCAAAGCAGGGAGCUUCCUCCAGCCUGGCUUGAAUUUAAGGAUUUUUCAGGGUCUUUCCUUUUUA